UUUACCCGAACGUACGUCGACGUCACACUCGCCGCCCUUUCCUUUUUUCUGUAGAAACCCGUGUGACUCGCAAUGAACGGGAAUCCAAUAUUCGCCGAUCAGGGGCCACUACCAAUUUUUAACCAUCUCACAAACUCCUGUGGUGAGACACUGGUCUCGAAAGGACUCGAAAUCAGCCCAGAUUUGGGGGAAACUAUCCAAAACCAGGACUCUUACCCGGUGCUUUUGGUUGGGGAGUCCGGUGAGAAUCUGAAAAUUCAAGAUGGCGGCACCGAAGGCAGCGAAGAGCGAAAAGUUGCGCAUAAUCUGCCAGCCUCAAAAAGCAACAGCGAUGAUCAACUUCCCGAUGAUAUCCUCAUGUUUGUUGCUUCAGAAGAUGUCGACAACAGUCCACAUGCCUCCGUGAAUGUGUCUUUGGAACCCUCCUAUUUGGGAAGUCCAAACACAGUCAUUCUGCCGCUGGAAAGUGGCUUGCCGCGGGAGCCGGGAAACGCCAAUCCCACCGUGACCGUCCAAAGAUUGCACGGCAUUGACGGCGGUGAAUUGGUGCAGAACCCGGAAGUAACUGCUUCCCUAUCUUUACCGCCUGUUGCCGUCCAACCAGAUGCGGUGUCCGUGCGCAAGACCUCCCAAAUUAUCGAGGCUUUAAAUCUCAGCUCAUUGAGCUCACCCAAAAUGAUAUCCGUAGGGUCCGAAGCCAGUGGCAGUCAGCCAAGGUUGACAAUAUCUGGAGGGACAUCGGUGCUGGACCUGGCCAGUAGCCAGGUGUUUAGCGUUCAGCAACUUCAGGACUUGAACCUCGGAAGAUUGGCAGAGACUCUUCAGGGAGCACAGGUGCAAACUGCAGGGGUCGGGAUGGGGGAAGGGGUGACCAUCUCUCAAGGAGAAAUUCUCAAUAUUCCGGCAUCUACCGCCACUUGUCUCCAGUCGCAGACGUCGGGAAAUGACAAAGCCAUCUCUGAAUCUAUCAAUUCUAUUCCAUCGUCUGAAAUGACUGUUCCGGUGGUUUCCAACCCGGGUCAGCUUGAACUCAAUGUGACGGCGUUGCCAGCAGGUGGUACCCCGAUUGGCCAGGCCGGCCAGUCCUUGAUGCCUGUCAUGUACAUUAUAACGAGCCGCGACCGCAACACGGGAGCCACUCAAAGAUUCAGGGUGACUGUUGAUUCCGAGUCGGUUGCGACUGCCCCGAUCGGGACCCUAUCUCUCAAUGCCGGGUUGCCAUCGCUGCAGAUUGGGAGCCAGUGGGUUGUGCAGCAGCAACCAGAAGCAGCAGUCACCGCAACUCUGUUGCCUAGUGAUGCGUCUUCAACGACAACCAUGGUUACAUCCAUUGAAGAUGGGAGGGGCGAUAAUGCAGCUGUUGGUGUUAUGACAUCGCAAGUUGUCCCAAACAUUGAAACACAGACGACAAGUAGCGCUACUGAUCUCACUAAGGCAAACCUAGGUUCUGGAGAUGUGGACUCCGGUUUCUCAAGAUUUCUUCUGAAGCAAAAUGCUAAAGAAGAGAAGGUUUUGUGCUGCACAUAUGAAGGAUGCCAAGAGAUUUUCACCACCAAAAAGAAAUUGAAACUGCAUCAGUUGAUCCAUGCUGACGACAGACCUCACAAGUGCACUGUGGAGGGCUGUGAUUGGACGUUCCCAACAUUAUACAAGUUGAGGAGGCAUUUAGCUGGACACACUGGAGCAAGACCAUUCACAUGUGAGGAUUGCAACGCCCAGUUUUCCACCAUCUACAACCUGAACAUGCACAAGAAACGCCACGAGCGGCCGGAGGCAUUUGUAUGCGAGGUCAAAGGUUGCGAGCAAGUCUUCCCUACGAUGAGUAAAUUGAACAACCACCUCCGUACCCACUUUCCAGAACGACGUAUCAAGUGUAAAUAUCCCGGCUGUGAUAAGUCCUUCACCACCACCUGUGGCAUGGGUUCCCAUUACCGUAUCCAUGACCGGGACGAGACAAUCUUUCCGUGCUUAGUGGAAGGCUGCAACAAGAUCUACAACAAGGCGUGCCGCCUCAAACUUCACAUGAGAUCACAUACAGGAGAGAGACCCUUCAAGUGUACUGCAGAGGGGUGUAAUUGGGCCUUCACUUGCAUCCAGAAGCUGAGUCGCCACAUGGUCCAACACACCGGCGACAGACGCUACGAAUGCUCGCAGCCUGGAUGUCAGAAACUCUUCACUCGCUUGGAGCAUCUCAAGACUCAUAUUAAGACUCACACUGGUGAGAAACCAUUCGUCUGCGUGCAGAAAGACUGCAGCGCGCGUUUCGCGUCUCGCAGCAGCCUAUUCAUGCACGUCAAGCGACACAAGCAAGGCUAUCAGAAUAAACAGAAGAAUAUCUUCAAUUGUCCCAUGGAUGAAUGCAACCAAAGCUACACCACCAAAGAGGGGCUCAAGAAGCACAUCCUGACGUUGCAUAGUAUCAUGCUGCCCAGUGCUAGUAACGAGUCGGAGUUGGUGUACAUCCCAACUGAGAACCCACAGGCCAUGGUGGACGCUAUGACAGAUCCUAGUCUGCUACAGAAUCCUACAGUGGUUCGGAUAACCCAAGCCCCAACCGCCGAUAGUACCUCAACCAAUCAGCUGUCAGUAAAUCCACUGAGCAAAGACGGCACCGCGGUCUCAGCCAAUCAGAAUCACUCCAGCGGACAGGUGCCCUACACCCCCGGUGCUGGUCUGAUAGUAGACAGUAAUGGGUUGCCGGUGAGCUUUGUCAACUCACCGACAACUCAAGCUUCAACAUCGUCGUCGUCAUCAUGGAGCUCCCGGGGUUUGCAUCACGAGAACUGGAGUGGAUCGGCGCGGACAGACUUCAUGUACAUGCAAGGAGCAAAGAAAGGCAGGCUAACAAGAAACUCAGAGAGUGGUGAUUCCGAGUCGGACAGCGCCCUCGCGUCAUCCUACAUUCCAUCCAGCUUCAGUAUGACUACCACAGCCUCACUGACAUUACGUGAUCCGGCGACUGGUGCACGCUACGUGCAGACACAACUUUUGCAGGAUGACCCACCAGAUGAGAGUGAGCUUGCCUUCCAGUUGACCUCUCACCCUACGACCUCUGUCUCUUCCACGGGUGACCUCAGUGUGUCCGCCAUCUUGCCAGCCACCGACCAAAACAGUCACGCUCAGUGUCCAUCGUCCAGCAGCGUUGAUUUUCUUCAAGCUGAUCGGGAGACGGAAUCCUCCAUUGACGGUUUCCGAGAGAGUACCAUCAAUUUGCAGGAUUUAGAGUAAAACAGAACUAAAUCUCGAGUCUUCAAAGUCUCUUGUUUUUUGUCCCCUCAAUUUGGGAAAGAAUGUGCUAUGGAAAUUAAGUAAUCUAUGAUAUUUAUAAACCCAGUUGCGUAUAAUCAGAUCUUCAGUUUGCUAUGCAUAUUUUUGUUAAUAGUGCACUUCACUAGAAAACACCGAUCUCAACAAAACUUGUUUAUUUAUUUUGAAUGCUUCGUCCAAAAGAAAAACAAUCGAAAGAUGUUGAUUGUAUUAUAUAUUUUUUAUAGCAAGAAAGGAUUUAGGUAUUGUACCUAGCCAUCUUAUCAUACAAAAGCACUCAUUCAAACCAAGAGAACCUGUCUUUUUUUUCCUCUUAUUUUGUGGCAAUUUAUGUUAUGAUUUUACUUUGUACUUAAUUUUAAUUCCAUCAUUAUUUAUGUUUGUACAAUGUUACCUCCAAAGUGAAGAUGAACAAUAUGACAGAUAUCUGGUGAAGUACGUGUAUAUGGAUUUAUGUUAACAGAUGCGGAUGUGAUAAUGAAAUUUGAGUUUGUGACGUCCAAAUAAAAUCAAGCGAGAGAGAAA